CUCAGACCUGCCGGAGGGUGCCAUGGCCGUCCCGUGCGCCUUGAUCACCAGCUGCGCGGCGGAGUUCCCCGGCGAGGAGCUGGUGAAACGUAUCAUUGGGGCAGAAGAGCUUCCUGCAGAUGUUUCUUCAGGUGGGGGAGCCCGGUUUUACCCCUGGACGAUAGACAAUAAAUACUACUCCGCUGCCAUCCAUCUGUGCGUUGUGCCCAAUAAGUUUCUUGUGACAGGUGAAAUUGCAGAGUCUGUGCAAGCCUUCUUGGUUUAUUUUGACAGCACAACCGUAUCGGGGCUGGACGGUGUCUCUACGUGGCUUCCCCUCGUGGAAGAGUGGCUGCCAGAAGUGAUGAUCUUGGUCUGCGAUAGAGUCUCUGACACUGGGGUCAGCCGGCAGAAGGCGCAAGAGUGGUGCAUCAAGCACGGCUUUGAGUUGGUGGAGCUCAGCCCGGAGGAGAUGCCAGACGAGGAAGAUGACUUUCCAGAAUCCACUGGAGUGAAGCGGAUUGUCCAGGCCUUGAAUGCCAACGUCUGGUCAAAUGUGGUGAUGAAAAAUGAUAUGAAUCAGGGCUUUGGAUUUCUCACUGCUUUAGCAGGCGCGACUCACAGCAUCGCAUCAGGGAAGAGCGAAGCCCCUGAACCCAAUCCUUCGCCAGGGGAGAGCGCAGAGUCCUCAGUGGACACAGGCAGAGAUGCAACAGAUGCAAAUGGUUGGCAGGUGGACACCGUUGCUGAUCCCCUCCUGGACCUGGACAUUCAAGAGCUUGCCAGCCUCACCACGGGAGAGGGUGAUCUGGAGAACUUUGAGCGCCUCUUCUCCAAGCUGAAGGAAAUGAAAGAAAAAGCAGCCACCUUGCCUCGGGAGCAGAGAAAGCUGCAUGCGGAGAAGGUUGCCAAAGCGUUCUGGAUGGCCAUUGGAGGAGACAGAGAUGAGAUCGAAGGCCUGUCUUCUGAUGAGGACAACUGAGGUCCUUUGGUGGCCAUGUUGCGGAGCAGACAGGG